UCCCCACUACCUGUGACGUAAUGCCGAGAGUGCGCCGCUGAAUCUAUUUGGCGCGUUUUAUCGUUAGUGGUUAGUACCUUCAAACCACUUCAAACACCUUCAAACCAUUUCAUUUGUGAGUCAUCAACCGUUUCUCUGUUCGAAAGAACGUCGGUUCUAAUCACCUAGAGACGAGUAAUUGAUCGUCGUAAGACGUUUCGACGAGGGAUCUCGGGGUGUGGCCGAUAAUCAAGCUGAUCGCUCGAUCGGACCCAGAUCGGACCCAACAACAUGUCCAAAGUACGGAGACUAUCGCUUCGUGGCAUUCGCAAUUUCGGCGACGACAGUGAGGACGCAUUGAUACGCUUCUCUUGUCCGCUCACGCUCAUCUUGGGCGCGAAUGGCACCGGGAAAACCACCAUCAUCGAGGCACUGAAAUUUGCGACAACCGGCAGUUUCCCACCAACAGGUGACAGACCAGGCACUGCGGGAAGAAACUUUGUGUACGAUCCCAUACUAGCGACAACCAGCACGGUAAGAGGUGUUGUCAAAGCUGAAAUAAUUGAUUCUAAGGGUGAAAGUUACCAAGUAUCUAGAAUAAUCGAGUUAUCAAAAGGAGAAAAUGGAAAAUUUAAGACUCUCGAUAGCACUAUAACCAGAUAUAGCAGAGAUAAACAACAGAAAACAUCAAUAACAGGUCGAUGUGCUAACAUUGAUACUGAGAUCAACAUAGCAUUGGGUGUUUCAAAAUCGAUUUUGAAUUAUGUCAUAUUUUGCCAUCAAGAUGAGCUUAACUGGCCAUUUGACAGUGGGAAAGUGUUGAAGGAAAGAUUUGAUGAAAUAUUUGACAGUGCAAGAUUUAACAAAGCUUUGGAAGCUAUUUUGAAGCUUCAAAAAGAAUUACAAGGUGAUAUUAAAACUUUAAAUGCGGAAAAACAAACUUACAAAGUACUUGUAUCCGAAGUUGAGGGUAAAGAGAAUAAGCUCAAGGAGCAUAAGAAGAGAUUGGAUGCUACAAAGGAAAAAGUAAGUGAAAUCAAUAAACAGCUUGAACCUGUGAAGCAGAAGAUUGAAGAAGUCCAGCAAUCUCAUACAGAAUAUAACAAUGUCCAGAUUGAAGAAGAGAAAAAGAAGAUGGAAUACAGUAUGCACAGAGAUCGAUACACAAAACUUAAGGAAAAUAUAAAAAAUAUCUUUGAGGAAACAACAGAGGAAUUAAAUACACGCAUAGAAUCCUAUGAAACUGUAUUGAAGGAUAAAAAUAAUGAAAUAGCAGAGAAUGAAGCUGAGGUCAAAGGUAUCUCUGAGAAAGGGAAUAGGAUUUCAAAUAUUUUAGCGACACGAAGGGAAACUGUAGGUACAUUAAAACAACAGGUGAAAGAUCAUGAGAGAAGACUGGUUCGUCGCAAUCAAUUAUUAAAUAAUGCAUUGCAAGCUUGGGAUUUUGAUACGGUGGAACCAGAUGUAUCAGAAAUAGAGGUGAAGGCUCUUACGAAAAGGUUGGAGGAAAAGAUGCGAAUGUUAGAGAAAGAGGUGGAGAAAAAUAGAUUAGCUAUGCAAAGCAAGGAAAAAGAAUUACAAAAGGAAGUUGAUACGCUGCGCAGUAAUUAUUCGAAAAUAGAAUCGGAGAAGAUUCUCAAAGAGCAGGACAUAACAGAGAUAAGAGAUGAAAUAAAUGCAAUUCGAAACCAAAUAACACAGAUUGGUGCAGCGGGAAAUAAGUUGAAGUCUAUCGAGCAAAAACUUCAAACGGCAAAACAAAGAAUUGACGAACUUAGCGGCGCGUUGAAUGUUGAUUCUGUUAAAGCUGAUAUCGCAGAAAAAAUAAAAUCAAGAGAUAAGAUUGAAACAAGUUUAAAUGCGAUUGACGACGAAAUUUCUUCUUUGCAUAAAUUAAGUUCGUUAACGGCGGAAUUCGAAUUAAAAAAGUCGGCAUUACAAGCUAAGGAAGAAGAGUUGGAGAAUUUGAAGAGAAAGCAUGGAGAUAGUAUCAAAGUUUUGUUAAAUAUCCAAGAAUUAGAACAAAUAAAAUUGAAAGAUACUUUGGAGCGCAUUCAUCAGAAAUUGGAAAAAGAAACAAAUGCUUUAACACGAGAGAUUCAAACACAAGAACGUAAAACUACUGCUUUCGAGACAACAGCACGGCAUAUAGAAACCGAAAUUAAGAAAAAGACAUUAGAGCUACAUAAUGAUAAACAAAAAGUAUCUACAGUGUGCGAUUACAAAGAUUUCGAUGAGACUUUGUUGUUUCAAUCAACUAUCAUAAAGGAUCUUCAAAACAAAAGAGGAAUUUAUGCUCAUCAAGCUUUAGCUUACAAGGAAUAUGUUGCAAAAUUAUCUUUAAAAAAUCCUUGUUGCCCCUUAUGUCACAGAAACUUUGAAAAAGAAGAUACAGUUGCAAAUUUAAUAGAAGAAAUUGAAAAUGAUAUAAUACGUAGUCAACCCGAUCGUUUAAAGUCAUGUGAGCGAGAACUAGGAAAAGAACAAGAAAAAUAUGAUAAUAUGCUGCAAUUAAAACCGAUUGUCGAAAAUAUCAUUCGAUGUGAAGAAAAUGACUUGAAGAGAUUGGAGGAAAAGUUAAAAAAGACACAGAACAGUGUGGCAGAGUCAAAAAUAACUGUAAAGGAUCUAGAAACGUCAAAGGCAGAGCCUGAGAAGAAAUUGUUACUAUAUAAAAGUAUAAUUGGCGAUAUUAAAUUCUGGGAUCGAUGUAUAGACGAGAUACAGCAAUUGAAGAGAGGAGUUAACAACUUGGAGGCUAAAAUGGCCAAUGCUGGAAUUAAGACCGAAAGGACUAUAGAAGAAGCGCAGACGCAGCGAGAGUCUUUGAGAACGUCUCUUAGAGAGACUCGUAAUCUUAUUGAUGCGUUACAACUCAAAUUGAAUAAGCAUAAUGAAAGACUGCAAGACGCUAGAGCAAUGUAUAACGAGCUACAUGAGGAGCAAUUAAAAAUACAUUCCGAUAUGCAGAAAUUGAAACAUUUGAAGGACAAACAGGAAGAUUUAUAUGCGCGAGAACUUACCAUUGGAGAAACGAUGGAGAAGCUACGAAAGGAUUUGGCACUUGCUGAGACUCAAUUGGAGUCCAGAAAUCGGCAAUUGGAAAAGACCAAGACGGAAAAUUGGCAAAAACAAGAAGCCGACAGAAAAUCAAUCUCCGAAAGUGCCAGACGUUUGUCUGAUUUGCAUAAAAUAUUGGACGAUAUCAAUUCUUUUAUUAAUAGCAACGUACUCGAGAAACUCGCAAAUUAUGAACGCGAGAUAGAAACUUAUAAGAAUUCGCUGACGGAACUUAUGAACAAGAAAAAUGACAUAGAGCAGGCAAUAAGCAAGUUGAAGGAGGACAUUGCCUCGCAGGAAAUCGGAAAGCGAGAGUUACUCGACAAUAUAAAUUUACGUAAAAUUAAAGAAACGUUGGAAACCCUGAAAGAGCAGUACAGAAAAUUGAACGAAAAAUUGAAAAAUAUGGAUUAUAAGGAGAUAAUGAAAAAAUGGGACCAGUUAGAAAACGAGAAACAAGCAUUGCUUCGGCAAAAAAAUGUCGCAUUGGGAAAUCAGGAAGAAUUGGAGAGAGUAAUCAAACAAUACACACACGAAUUACAGAAAGAAGAAUACCGUUUAGCUCGUCGAAAUUACAAUAACAAGUGCAUUGAAUUAACGGUUCAAGAAGAUACUAUAGCCAAUCUGAAAGCUUACAAUAAGAUAUUGGAUGUCGCGAUGAUAGAAUACCAUGAGGAGCGUAUGUCAACGGUCAAUAAGAUAAUGAGGAAGUUGUGGAAGCACGUUUACAAGGGUACGGAUACGAGCAGCAUAGAAAUCUGCACGGAGCCUACGAAGGAGACAGCUAAUAACAGAAGGAGCUACUGCUACAAACUCAUGCAAACCAAGCAUGGUUGUAAAAUGGAUAUGAGAGGACGUUGCAGUGCUGGACAGAAGGUAUUGGCGUCAAUAAUUAUAAGACUCGCUUUGGCAGAAACAUUUUGUAAGAAUUGUGGCAUUCUCGCGUUAGACGAACCGACGACAAAUCUGGACGAGGAAAACGCAAAGAGCUUAGCGGAUAUGCUAACUAAGGUAGUCGAGUUGCGAUCGAAACAUCAAAAGAAUUUCCAGUUGAUCAUAAUCAGCCAUGAUGAAAAGUUUCUGCAAAAACUUGCCGAUUUGAAUAAUAACAAGCAAUUCCAUGAGCUUUACCGCAAACACAACGGUAUGACCGCGGUAAGGAUCUGUGACUUCAACGAACCUACGAGUUCUCUUUUACACAUUAAGAAUGAAGAUGAAUCCGACGAGGAAGAGCAAGAUCCUAAUCAGUUUGGAGCGUCGACCAGUGGUUUAUCUAGAGUGACAUUGAGUAGGAAAAGAAACAAUGACGAGGAUAAUAGACCACCAGCUAAAAAGAAGUAUUGUUUCACCGAAUAAUUUAAAAAUACAUGGUUCGUUUUUAUAUCAAACACAAGUAUGUGUUGUUCCUACAUAACUAUAUACAUGUACGAUGCAGCAUAUGUUUUCUUAUAUACAUAUUUUUAUAAUAUUGUUCUUAUAAUUAUUACAGUGUAUUCGUUAUAUGUUAAUGUGCGUAUUCUUACAAAAAAGUUAUAUAUAACUUUGACAAAAUACCUCAGAUAAUGUGAUAAAAUGAAAAUUAUUUUGUAGCUACUCUGAAGCAGUGUUGAGUAUUAAUAAAUUUAAUUUUCAAAUAA